AUGGCGACUGCAAACCACUCCCAGGCAGAUUGCCAGACAGAUUGCACAACCGCAGUACUUGCGAGUCGAGGAGCACGAACACGCUGGUCUACACUUAGGAAUUCCUGGUCGAUUGGGCCUGGAAUUGAUAUUCUCAGUUCAUCAGCCACCUUUGGCGGUGAAAUAUCCGGUGAACAGCUGGAAGCGCACGGGAAUGUGCGCGCACAACUCAAUAAGGACGAGUAUGGAGCUAUCAUCAGUGGUGGUCGGAUGAUGUGUCAACAACAUAAAGCAGUCAAAGUGCACGCCUAUAGGACAACUGCGGUGAAGGACACAAUAGACAGAGCGUCUAGUGAAGUGGGGUGGGGAACGCCAUCCGCUGUGGUUAAUGGAAGACGAGUUGCGGCCUUGUUGCCGGCGAGACAACUUGCGGCUUUUUUAGGCAAGACGUUAGUCGCCAUGGACAGCGUUGCCGACAGUGUAUCGGGGCUGUGGCGCAAACAGCCCCGAUACACCGUCGGCUGUCGAGAUACACUCGAAAGAAAACGCACACACGCCAACCGUAUACUUUUGCAUCUUCCGAUCGAAGGAUCAGUGGAUUUUGGGGAGAUUUCAUCAUCAGUGUUUCUUUGCAAACCAGGGGGCAGCACGCAGGGGGCCAAGGGCCCCCCCAUCGACGAAAGACAAGGCCAAACCAAUGACUGGGCAAGGGCAGCAGAGCAGGCACCAACAAAGCCAAUUUGCGCAGAAGCCGUUGCCACAGCUGAUGCGGAGCCUCAACCUGCCGUUGCAGCCACCGCUGUCUUGCGAAGGUCGUCGUCUCCCGUUCCCCCUUUGCGAGCGGCUCCCCUCUUUGCCUCAGCCCCCCCUCCUCCCGCCAGUGUUACGGCGUCUGCUUCGGGGGCAGCAACGGCAGCCGCUCUUGCAAAUGCUACUUUUGCCAGAGCUGAGCAGGCGGCCCCUCAAGCGGCUACCACAUCUGCGGCUCACGCCACCCCUCCUGCUCGUCUGCUGGGCAGCGACUUCUCCGUCGGCAGCAGAACGCCUAGUUUCCUUUUCUGCGGUGCGAAGGGUCUCCUAUCACGCCGCCCUCAUGAGAAAGGCCCCCCCUUUACCCUCGUCGCUGCCUCACGACGGAAGAGCUCUGAGGCUCACCAGCAGGCGCAGCAGAAGCAGCAGGACGACAGAUACAGAAUGCUGCUGCUAAGUGAAGGCACAGCGCAACAGCGAGAGGAGCUGUGGAGGGAGCUGCAGCAGCUGCGGCGGCAGAAACUCAGCACGACAGGCCUUGUCGGCAUGGAAAGUGGCUCCCUAACUGCGGCAGCAGCAGUGGAAGGCGAGGCAGCAACCACUGCAGCAGGAAGCAUGCAGCGCAUCGCUGGAUACGACAUAGAGGAUGCAGAUUUCGCCGCUGCACUGCCUCCAGGGCUGCCGCCGCUCCCGCCGGAGGCCAUCCUGCAACAGCAGCAGCAACAGGAGCAGCAGGAGCAGCAAAUGCAGCAGCAGCGGCAGCUCGAACAACAGAAGGUGAUCGAAGAGCUACGCAAAAGGCAGAUGCAGCAUGUCGUCCCCAGAGGAAUGCUCCCGAAGCUCACCAUUGAGCAACUCAUGCUCGCGGCAGAGAAGAGGGUGCUUCCCCACCCGCAUCUACGCUUGAUGAUUGCGGGAAGUGCUUUCGUUGUUACGCGGGAGGCCUUAGGUCCCCUCUGUCUCCCCACUGAGAAGUUCAUAGUUCCUGCUCUUGGAGCCAGCCCUUUGGCGUCUCGAGGAGCAGCGCAAGAGACGGCAGGAGACGUGCUAGAGGCUGCGACGGAGGCUCCCUUUGUCGGAGUGCCGAUAGCCGAUUGGGAAACGUUCCCUUGGCCACAUUAUCUUGAGGGGCUGCAUCUCGGGGAAGAAAUGGAAGCGCUGCGUCAUGAGCGAGACCUCGUGGAGAAGGAGCUGCCAGCCCUCGCCAAGCGGCUCAAGGAGCUAGAUUUUGAUUGGCAGCUAGGAGCCAGCACAGUGUCUCGAAUCGAGAGGGAGCUAACAGAAUUCCGUCUCCUUCUGAAGGCCCUCCCAGUGUACUUGGCAUCCAAGCCCUCCCCAAAAGCUGCUUUCAGAGGGCCUCCCGUGUACUUUGUCGUCCCUAGUGGUGUCUCCCAAGAAGGCACCACCACCACCACGCAGGGGAAUGAGCCUCAGUAUCCUCCCGAGACAGCGGCCUUCCGCCUAGGAGCUGCAUGCAGCGCGUUGCGGCAAAGAGGGAGAUUCCUCUACUUGCCAGGGGCCUUAGAGAGACUCGAAACAGAGGGUCAGAUGCCGCUGUAUGCCAUUGUGGCGCUGCAGCAGUCCAGAGCAGGCUUCGACGGCGUGCAGCAAAUGCAGCAGCAAAUGCAGCAGCAAGUGCAGCAGCGAGCCGGUCUGGGGGAUGAGGGAAUGCAAGAAAUGGAAUCUGUAAAGGAGACGAAGCAAAGGCAGCGACUGCCGCCAGACAUGCUGGAGCUGCAGCGCAGGCUGCACAACAAGCAGCAAGAGAAAGAGGAGGAGCAGCAGCAGCCUCCUGGACACGUCGUGCAGCAGGGUGCGACUGCUGCUGAGGCGGAGAUGGAAGCGGCAGCUGCUGCCAUUGAGGAAGGCGCUGCGCUGGAGGCCUCACGGCAGGUUCCUAGCCUUGUUCCCUUUGGUGAAGGCGUUCGUACACCCCGAACUGCAGCGACAGUGACUGGAGGAAGUGCUGACUCGGAGAGAGACGCCCUCAUUUCGGAUUUCGACUUUGGAGCGGCUGAAGAGACAUCCGACUGUUUUCUCCCCACGCCGCCACACCCAGUGAAGCGCCGCAUCGGCCUCAGACAGCGGCUGCAGCAGCAGCAGAAGGAGCACCCUCUUCAGUAUCCGUUUCCAAUGCACUCGAGGCGACAAACAGAAGGCGGAUAUCAGUAUGUCUUCGACCUCUGGUCGUGGGACGAUGUGAUAGAAGCCUUGCAGUAUUUCAACGACUUGUACGAUCCAGUGGCGAAGGCGCUAAACAGGGCCGUCACUUUCAACGAGCUGCCGGCAGACUGGAAAAUUCCCGGAGAGAAUGUCACCUCUUUGCAAAGCCCGUGGCGGACAGAGCAGCAGCAGCAAGAACAGGCAGAAGAAGCAAACCUGUGGCCUGCCCAGUGGUGGGGAAUGCCCCUUGGUCUGUACGUACACCAGAUCAGGCAGGGUGAUGUAGAUGCGCGCUUCCAUCCCCGGAGGCGGCCAGUUCUGGACCGCCUGGGGUUCAGGUGGGAAGGAACCGAAAAGUAUCUUAACUUCACGUGGAUGAAGCUCCUCAAAGGAGUCAAGUGGUGGAUGUUUUUUAGACAACAUCCUAUUGUUCAGUUGGGCCGAGAUGCCGUAAUUCCUCCUUCCUGUUUGGUUGCGGAUGUAUGCAAGCCGGAGGAAGUUCAGGGCCUUUGCAUCGGGGAGAUAGUUUACCAGGCACGCCUCCAAGAACCCGUCCUGUAUCACCACUACCCUCAGCGGUACGAGCUCUUUAGGCAGUUUGGUCUAGCCAUUCUCCCCGCCGAGCGACUCAUCCUCUCCUACCCAAAAGUCGAGACAGACAAGGAGGAACUGGCGCCGAGGGGGUUCACGCUUAAGGAACUCCCCGAGGCGAUCCGAGAAGAAUACUGA